AAAAAAGUAAACAGCAGAAUACUCACACCACUUCCUGUUUCCUCGUCAGUUCUUCACAAGGAAGUGAGCCUUUAUUUGUUUAUUCUUCGCCUUGAGAAUGUUAAUUCACAUCGGAGGAGUCCUGAUUAAAAGCCAGGCAGAUUAGGGAGCUCGGGCAAUGGAGUAGCAUCCUAAACCCACAUUUUCAUGGCCUGCAGGAGAGCCAGUGAGACCGCACACUAACAGGCGAAGUUUCCUUCUAAUCUGACACACAGAAGAUUCUUGUCUGCACCAGCCUCACCGGUCCUUCCUGGCUUCUCUCGGGAUAGGAAUGUUUCUGGGGCAGUGAAAUGACUCAGCGGGUAGAACACUCACAAGAUUCAUGACCUGAGUUGCUCCCUGGAACCCGUGGAAAGGUGAAAACACCUUUGGGCUUCCAUGGAGCUUCCAUUCACCAACCUGGAGAUGGCGUUCAUUUUGCUGGCCUUCUUCAUCUUUUCUUUGUUUUCUCUGGCUUCCAUCUACACCAACCCUAAUGAAAGAAAUGAAGGUAAGACAGAAAAGAGAGGGAGAGAGAAGGAAAGGAAGAAGGGAGAG